AUGCCAACCGUUCGCGGCUUCAGCAGUGUCAAAGCACAGUCCUACCUUCUGCGCUUACCUUUGUUUACCAGAGCUAUCGUCUUGAUUAUACUACUGCUCUCACUUCUCAGCCUACCAGGAUUCUGGGACGUACAAGCAUGGGGCUCUCUGGUUCCUAGCAAGGUAUCGCUUUUCGCGGCGCAUCGUAUCAAUACAUUUCCGCUGAUUCACCUGAACGUUUUACAUGCGAUUUUAAAUGUGGUCGCGUUGACGCCCUUGAUGGAACGCUUCGAAAACGAAUACGGCACAUUAACUUCACUGGCACUUUUUUUCGGGCCUUUGACCACGGUCCCCGCGGUAUUGUAUCUUGUCAUCGAGUCCGGUAUUUUGCGACUGAAUAAUGCCAUUAUGGGCGCAAGUAUCUGGGUCUUUCUACUUCUCGGUAUGGAGGCCAUUCGGACAUAUCGAUCGAACCCGCAUCUUAUAAUCGGCACGCAUCAUAUUCCAACUUGGACGACACCACUACUUUUGGCCUUUGUGAUAGCAGCACUGGUCCCGAGCUCAAGUCUUCUCGGGCAUCUAUGUGGUCUUGGUGUUGGAUACAUUGCUGGCCUUGGCUAUGUCAAAUACAUUGCGCCUCCCGAGUGGGCGCUGCGAUGGCUUGAGUCGAAGCUGAAUCUCCUUGCGAUAUUGCCUCAUUAUGUCAGCGUGGAUCAAAAGACAUAUGGCAGAUUUGGUGUUUUGCCUUCUAGUAGUCGCAUGGGUGGGAGCCCGGCUACUGAAUUGGUUGGUAGCACGCAGCGUCUUGGACCUUAG